AUGAAUCACUGGGCGGUUCAACCAAACGCUUUCGUAGCCGGUGGAGAUUUGAGAAGCUCCGUUGUAUCAUCAUCAUCAGUAGUUGAAAGAGAUCAGACUGUUGUUUGCCCAAAACCACGUCGUAUUGGUCUCCGUAACCCUACAACCAUCUACGAACAACAACACCAUCCUUCUCGCUCUCUGCGAUGUUACUUCAGCCACCAAGUGGAGUUAUGUGAAUCUAAGGCAGAGACUGAUAUCUUAGAUAUCAUACUCACCAAGGAGGAUGGUUAUGGUGGUGGUGGUGAACAAGUUCAUAAGCAGGUAUUAGACUCGCGGUCCCCGUUUUUAUGUGGGUCGCCGCCGAGCAGAGUUUCUAACCCAUUAACACAGGAUGCUCGAUUCAGAGAUGAAAUCACACUUGUCUCUUCGCCGAUCCCGACACCGCUGGGCUUACCUCCGUCAUCCCCUUCUUCCUCAGGGAGGAAAGGAGGAUGCGUUAGAGGCAAUUUUGGUAACAGCCCAGCGGUUAGGAUCGAAGGAUUCGAUUGCCUCGACAGGGACAGUAGAAACUGCAGCAUCCCUGCCUUGGCUUAG